UAUGAGCUCGCUUCACCUGUGAAAGCCUUGUUAUGGCUCUGAAUCUGCGGAUGUUCAUCCCAGAGAGGCGCCACAGCAGGACAUCCUGCGAGAACUACAGAACGAUCUACACGGACUGGGCGAAUCACUACUUGGCCAAAUCGGGACACAAGCGUCUGAUUAAAGACCUGCAGCAGGAUGUGAGCGAUGGCGUGCUGCUGGCGGAGAUCAUCCAGGUUAUCGCAAAUGAGAAGAUUGAGGAUAUUAAUGGAUGCCCCAAGAGUCGUUCUCAGAUGAUUGAGAACAUUGAUGCUUGUCUGAGCUUUCUAGCAGCCAAAGGUGUGAACAUACAGGGACUAUCAGCUGAAGAGAUCCGGAAUGGGAAUCUGAAAGCCAUCUUGGGGCUUUUCUUUAGCCUGUCUCGAUACAAGCAGCAGCAGCAGACGAGCAGACAGACACACACACAGCACACACACUCACACACUCCUCUAAUCCAGCAGAGCAGCGCUCCGGCCCAGCUGAUCUCCACCCCGCAUGGGCCACACUCACACAAAACACAGACAGACAUGCAGUCCAGGGAUGGCUCUCAGAGUAAACUCAAGUUUUCCAUUGGUCAGAAAAAGUCUUCUAGAUUGCCUGGGCCGACCUCGAGGAUGUCCACUGCGGGCAGUGAGAGCUCUCCUCGAGGCUCCAUUAGUUCAGCAGGGAAUCGCCGCAGUCUGGUGUUCAGCGAUAAAGCCAAACCUGCAUCAGCUCAGGCCAAAGAAUCAUCAGAGAGUGUGAAUGAUCCCGCUCUGGCAUCCGCUUGCACCUCUGUAAGCACCAGCACUGUGGCAACUUCAUCAUCAUCAUCAUCAUCAUCAUCAGCCAUCCCUCAGCCCAACUCGAGUAGCAAACCCUGGAGAAUCAAAUCCCAGAGAGCAGCACACCUCUGCUACCUCCACGGUGCUUUCCACCAAGCUGGAUCUCCAAGCAAGCAGCCCGUACCUGCAGAACCACACCUAAAGCUGUGCCUCAAAUCCAUGCUGGAGAAACUCAAGCUUUUAAUAGCAAAGGAGGAUCCAAUCAUCCGCGCAGACAGAGGGCGCUGUUACGCCCACAGGAGGGAAAGAUGCCGGUUUGGUUUUGGAAAGAGUCGAGACCGGUUCCAAUACUGA